ACCAGUCAGUAGUGAAGAAUUCACACACACACACACACACACACACACACACAUACACACAUACACAUACACACACACACACACGGCUUGUAAACAGUUUAUGGUCACGGCUGUUUUUCAGUCCAGACGUUGCACCAUCAUGUUGCGUUGUAUCGUUCUCCUGCUCUUUUGGGGGUUCUCCUCCUCUUCUCCUACCAUAACGCUUCUAGUGGGCUCGCAGUUCAGGUUGCAAUGCCUUACUGAAUUUGACCUGCUGUCUCCGGAGUACUCAUGGAGCUUCAUACCUCAGCUGAACGUAGACCAGGGUGUGAAAAUCCCCUUUACUCCGCUCAAUCACACAGGAGAAGCGCUGGAGCUGAACCCAGUGGAGCAGCACCAUGCUGGAACAUAUAAGUGUGUGGUUAGGGGUAUUUCUGAAAAGGGAGCCAUGAAGGUGAAGAGGACCUUCCAAAUCUCUGUCACUGAGAAUGUACCGUUUAUAAGAUGGCAGGUCCUUGAAGGAACUGAGGGAGAACCAGCGAUGCUUCCGUGCAUUUCCUCCUCUGAAACAGUCAAGAGCUUCGAUUCUGCAUUGGUCAAAUGGUUCAAGAUAAAGGAACUGGAAAAUAGUUUUGAAGCUCAGGAGCUCACACCUGUUGGAAGAAGCCACAGCUCCAUUAAAGGGGAGGAGAUUAAAAGGCGAGUUUACUGGGCGUCUGAUCUUAAGGAGCCGGACUGGUCCAUUGAAAUCGACAGUCUGGAAUUGGACGAUGAAUCUCUGUACCGCUGUGACAUCACAACGGAGUCACACACAGAAUCCUCGUUAAUGGAGCUUGUGUUACACCGUGCCCCGCCCCCUCGCUGUUUAAACCAUACAGACCCUUGGGAGGCGUGUCCCGAUCCCGACAGCAAGUCGUCGGAGGCGAUCCUGCACGAGUCUCUGACCGAGUUCUCUCUUAAUGUCUAUAAAAAAGUGAACACGAUGACACCUGAACGUAACCUGCUCUUCUCACCAAUCAGCAUCACCAUGCUGCUCUCUCACCUGCUGCUGGGAACUCGAGGACAGACAAGAACUGACUUGGAGCGAGGUCUUCUCCUGCCCACUUAUUUCUCCUGCAUUCAUUCUGAAAUGAAGAAGCUGAACAACAAGAUGAAGGAUUCGAUUCUCGUAGCCAGUCAGAUCUUCUUCAACCGAAAGCUCAAACUCCAAGAAGCUUUCGUCAACCAGUCGCAGGAGUUCUACGACUCCACGCCCCAAAAACUGACCAAUAACAGUGAGACGAACCUGAAGCUGAUCAACGACUGGGUGGCGAGCAAAUCGCAGGACAGAAUAACAGGGCUGGUGGAUUUCUUAGAUGAGUCAACUGAGAUUAUUUUACUCAAUGCUGUUUACUUCAUUGGUAAAUGGAAAGGAACGUUUGAAGUUAAAGAUGAAGUGUUUACAACGUUUUCGAAAGGGCAUCUGUCCGUCCCGACUCUCUACAGCUCGAACUUCUAUCUGGCCACAAGUUACAUACACACACUCAAAGCCCAUGUGGGGAAAUUCGAUCUGACAGGGAAGAACAGUCUGUACAUCCUGCUGCCCAUCUCCAAGGGUAAAAAAGGGCUGCAAGCCAUGGAGGCAUUGCUGACUGAGAUUAACAUCAGAGACAUGGUGAAAGAGAUGGCCUCCGUCAAUCCAACGUUGACUGAAGUGACGCUGCCGAAAGUGAAACUCAUGGUGAACACAGAUCUCCUCACGCUCCUGAAGAAAUUCGAGCUGGCAGGAUUACUGGAGGACCCUAACCUGUGUGGAAUGUUUGAGCAGAGUAGCUCCACGCCUCUGACUGAUGCUCGUCAUCGCGCUUUCCUCUCCCUCACGGAGAAAGGAGUGGAAGCUGUGGCCGCCAGCAGCAUCUCGUUUUCACGCUCCUUCGGCAGUUUCGACGCCAUGCGGCCGUUCGUCCUGAUGGUGUGGAACGAGGACAUCAACAACCCUCUGUUCAUCGGGAGAGUUCUUAAUCCAAAGCAGGAUGAAUAAAGCCAGAGGUCUUUGUGCUGAGAAUUAUUACACGACAAAGUAAAAUGUGUAGGUUCUGAGAAGAAUCAUGACAUAAGUAAUUACCAUGUGGCCUACAGCAUCAUCAUAUACUACAGCAACACAAUAAAGUCUAUCAAACUAAA